CAGCCGAAGAAAAUGAAUAGCAUAAAAACUUUAAGCUUAUAAAGAAGCUUAAGUACUCAAAAUUAAAUUAAUUUUACCAUAGGAUAAAGUUUAUUGCAACAACACUAAGUAGAUGUAAUUCCUUACGUAAUUAAAAUUGCAUUUUUUCCAGAAAUGAUUCCAUGAAGUGGUCAGAAGAACAUGACCUUAUGCUUUGUAGAGAGGUUCUUCUUCUUGAACCAUUUAAGCACCCAAGACAAAGUAAAGAGAGAGGGAAAAUCUGGGGUGAAAUAGCACUAAGCUUAAAUGGCAUCAGUUCGCCGAAUUUCAAAGUUAGUAAGCGUUCUGUGAGGGACCGGCUUACUCUUUUGCUUGCCAAAUACAAAGAGAAGAUGACAAAGGAAGAGCAAGGUUCUGGCAUUGCAUGUGAUGAUGAAACAGAAAUAGAGAUAGCAUUGUCUGAAAUCAUAGAAAAAGAACAGGCAGCUGAUUUAGAAAGGAAAGAAAAUUCAAAUACCCUUACUAAAAAGAAUGAGAAUGAUAAGGCCUCUGCAGAAGAAAGUAGAUUAAAAGCCAUGGAGCGCCUGGGACAAACCAGAAAGAGGAAUGCUGAUACAAGUUGUGAUGAUGUUAGUCAAAGAAAAAGCAGAAGUAGUAUUACUGAAGCUGUGCAAAUCCUGAAAGAGAAGAUCGAGAAUGAGAGAGAAAUCCGGAAAGAAGAAAUUGAACUGAAGAAGAAAGAGCAAGAAAAUAAAGCCGCCCAGCAUCAGAUGCUUAUAGAUCAGCAGAGACAGAACCAGCAACAAUACCAGGAUGUAUUGAGAAUCAUGGCUGAACAGCAGCACAGGCAGGAACAACAGCAGCAAAAUUUUCAAAUGCUUUUCUUGCAACAGCAACAGCAACAGCAACAAAGUCAAAUGCUCAUGGAUUUGCUGGAAAAAGUCGUGCCCAAAUCCUCAUGAAGGAAAGGUGAAAAAGCA